AUGGGGAGAGGGGGCAGGAAGAAGAGGAAGAGACACGGGGGGAGAGGAGGAGGACUGUCUUGUCCACGAGGAGCGGCGCCGUGGCGCGCACAGCACGGCUGGCGCCUCCGAGCCAGCAGGCACGUCAAGAAAGCUGAGAGGCCAGCCCGUGACGGCAGAGCCUCCCCGUCGGCACUGGACACGACGAGAGGCAAGGACACGAGAAACAAAGGAGGUGGACCCAGCGGGGCGGGGGAGGAGGAGGCGGCGGGGGCGGCGGCGGCGGCAGCAUUCAGGGCACACUCUGGCACCGCCAUGGAAUCGGGGACUCCCCCGAAUUGCGCGUCGAGCAUGGCUGCGAGGGCGUCGAGGUCGGCCUGGUCCAGCACGUUGCGUGGUCCAGCGCGAAUGCCAGUAGGGCCAUCUCCCGCAGGAAACCGGAGCAGGUUGAGGGUGAUGUUCUUCCCCGAGAGGGUCAGCAGCGGAGGGCUCAGGAUGUCGAUCGCCGUGCUCAUCACGCUCCCAAUCCAGACCGAGCAGAGCAGCGAUGGCGGCGAGGUCCGUUGA